CACAGCCCUCCUUCCAAUUGCUGGAGAGACAGGGGGAGUGAGAAAGAGAGAGAGUUUAAGGCAGGCUCUGCACUGGUGUUCUGGGCUAUUUCAACUUCAGGGCAACUUUAGAGAACUUCAGUUAUUUUUGGUUCUGGACGACAGCUGAGACCAGCUGAGCCUCCGGGAGGUGCUGAUGGUGAUGCAGAUGCAGAGGAUGAAGAUUCUGUUAAUGAAGUGGCAGUAGAAGACAUCCGUCCAAGGCCACAAGGAUCCUCUCCAGUUUAUGACUAUUCCAUAGAAGAAGAAUAUUUAAAGCUUCAAGAAGAAAACAAAAAAAAUUCUACAGACAAAUCAAAACAGAGUCAUCCACAGGAGACAAUGGAAGUGACCCUGGAAACAGAAGUGGAAGCUGGUGCUAGUGGUUUUAGUGUGACUGGUGGAGGAAAUGAAGGAAUAUUUAUUAAAAAAGUACUUAAGGAAUCUCCUGCUUCAAAAAUAUUUAGUCUGAGAGAAGGUGAUCAACUUCUAAGUGCUACCAUAUUUUUUGAUAAUAUCAAAUAUGAAGAUGCCCUCACGAUUCUCCAGUAUUCCGAGCCAUACAGAGUCCAAUUCAGCCUCAAAAGAAAAAUCGCUGGGAAAGAAGAGCUAGAACACAUUCACUCUACAGCCAAGUACAAAAACGAAAGAAUAAACCAGGAAAAAGAACUCAGUGAAAGCAUUCCUGAAGAAACAUUGCAUGUUUCAGGAAAAGACAUUUCAGAAGAAGACAAGGAAACAUUAAUUGCAAGCCAAAGGGUAGGAAGAAGCAAGAGACCUAAAAAAGACAGAUUAUCAUGGCCAAAAUUCCAGUCAAUCAAAAAUAAAAAGAUACUGGGGCACAGAAGAUCUCAUAGCACAUCAGAUGCAUAUGAGCCUGCUGUACAGGAUGUUUCCCCUACAAGCACAGACACAGAGUCUCAAUCUCAACAAGAAGUCCGUAUCAAAGAAAAAAAAGGGAGCCAAAAGAAACUGAAGUUCCCUAGCAUUGGGUUCAAAAUGCACAGAUCCAAACCAGAACCACAAGACAAGCAAAAAAAAGAAAUAAAAGCUACACUCUUAUCUGAAAGAGAAAAAAUACAUAAAGAAGAUAUCAGCCUGGAAAAUCCUGAAGUCCUAACUGUUGAAUAUACCAUGUCUCCUGGUUAUGAAAUUAAAACAGGUGAGGUACCCGAAACUUUAGCAAAAGACUUAAAAGACAUGAAAAAUGGCAUUCCAUCGCAAGCAAAAACAUGCCCUGAAGUUGAAAUAAGCAUUAAAAAAGAAAAAGACAAGGAAUCAACAUCAAAAUAUACUCUACCUGAAGUACCAGCUGCAACAACUCAGAUAUCAAAGCCCAGUUUAGAAACACCUGAUCUGAAAGAGAGCCCGACUAAAAAAACACAGCAAGCCUCAUCAAAAUCCCGAAAAAAGAAGCAGAAAGGAACAGCAGAUAAAACAGAAGAAGGAAGUGGAAUUAACAUAGACAAGAUGGGUCACACAGCACAAGGACUUAUACAGCCAGUAUCAGAAAAAACAGCUGAUACAAGAUCAGAGGAAAGCAGGAAUUUGGAUGUGAAACCUCACAUGCCUGAUGCAGAAUCAGAACUACCGACCUGGAAAAUACAAAUGCCAUCAUUCAAAAUGGCCAAAACACCGAAAGCUGGCAUGAAAAUAGCAAGAGAAGAAAGCACAUCUGAAUCAGCAGAUACUGUACAAAAAGCACAGACAGAAGAUGGAAUGCCCACAAGUGAUACAACUGUGAGGAUGGACAUUGAAAUGAAGACAGGGGAAAACGAUAUAGAGGGGAAAGAAAGCAAAUUCAGACUACCAAAGCUGAAAUUGCCUACAUUUACCUGGGCAACAACAAAGGAUGAGACAGGGCAAAAUGAACGUCACAUAAGAGACAGGGAAGAAAAAACGACAUCCCUAGAAGUGGAUGCAAAAACAGAGAUCAAUGUAUGCGCAAAAGAAAUUGAGGUUCCGAGCAAUGAAAUUGAAAUUGAGAUCUCCAAAGGAAUAACAAAUGACAAGGACAUGGGACAAAUGAGAGAAGUCCAGGUGCCAAGUAUGAAAAACGUAACCUUAAAAACUUUCUUAACAGAAAAUCACUUCGACGAAAGAGAAAAUGAAAUAUUGAUUAGCAAACCUGAUACAGAAAUAAAAAAGGAUGAAUUCAGUAUAUCACAACAGAAAUUAGAAGAAAUCUGUCAAGCUACACAAAUUGAGAUCAAAGCUCCCAAGGUGGACAUCAGCCUCCCAUCCGUUGACGUCAGCCUUCCAAAGGCCAGCGUUGACAUGCAGGCGCCCGAGGCGGUCCUCACCCUCGAAGGGGAAGCAAAGGCCCCAGAGAAGGAGGCCGCGAAGACCAAAGACGGCAAGUUCAAGAUGCCCAAGUUCGGCAUGCCUUCCUUUGGCUGGUCCAGCAGCAGAGAGGCCAAGGGCACGGCGGCCGCUGAA